AUGAAGCUCCUGGAGACCUCCACGCUGAAGCUCUACACAUUCCACGAACCUAAUCUCCCAGAAUACGCAAUCCUCUCUCAUAGGUGGUUCAGUGAUGAGCAGGAAGUCACGUUCCAGGAGCUGCAGAGCCUGACCGACACCUUGCAGUGCCAGUGUGGCAAGGAAGGCCGUGACCAGCGUGUCCGCCGCAAGAAAGGCUUUGAUAAGAUCGCCUCCUUCUGCCGUCUUGCCGAGGAGGAUGGAUUCCAAUAUGCUUGGAUCGACACUUGUUGUAUCGACAAGUCGAGCAGCAGUGAGCUGUCGGAGACGAUCAAUUCAAUGUAUAAGUGGUACAGCUCCUCGCGAGUCUGCUACUUCUACAUGGUUGAUGUGCCUCGGGUGGACUAUUCAAGUGACGAGCCACUGAUUCUGUUCAAGGCUUCCGAGUGGUUCAGGCGUGGCUGGACGCUUCAAGAGCUACUGGCUCCUCAGCAGCACAAAUAUCUGGCGCAAGAUUGGAGUCUCAUUGGCGUCACUUUACGAAAUCCCACCUCUGACAACGGUGUGUCACUUGACGGUGAUGGUUGCCAUUGUUCGACUGCUUUCCCCGGUGCCAAGUGCCUUGAGACUGAAGUGUCGGAAGCCUCUGGCAUACGCAUCGACCGCCUCAGAAGCUUUGAUCCACGAUGGACACGUUACACGACAGUGUGUAUCGCGGAGAGAAUGUCUUGGGCCGCGAAGAGGGAAACGUCGAGGCUGGAAGACACGGCUUACUGCCUACUUGGCAUCUUUGAUAUUCAUAUGACUCUCAUGUACGGCGAGGGAGAGAAAGCAUUCAUUCGGUUACAGGAAGAGAUUAUACGGCAUUCUGUCGACAGGACCAUCUUGGCCUGGGACAGGACAGGUCACGAAUCACUCGAUCAACUCUUGGCUCCUUCCCCGCAGUACUUCAAAUUCGUCGACUUCGUGUUCAAAUAUAAGCCCCCUACCGCAGAUGAAGUCCAUGAGAUCACCAGCCAAGGCCUGCUCACUCACAUGGAAGUGGCCGACCAUCCGACGCGGAACGACGUAUUGCUUGCUCGUCUGGACGACUCUCAUGCAUUCUCUCAAUCCGGAAUGCCCAAGCAUCAGAUCCUACUGUUGCUUCCCAUUGUUUGGCACCUACAUCCUUUCUACCCAUGGAUCUCUUGGAUGUCUACACGCGGUGGCGAAACUCACGUGUAUUGCCCGUAUGAACUCGCUGUUGUGAAUCGUGCCUCGGUGAAACGGCGCCUGCGGUCCUUCAAGCGCAGAAAACUUCGCAUUGCACGCUGGCAUGUCGAUCACGGGGGAAUGGAUCAUCAACAUGUGAGCGAACUGCUGAUCGAGCAUGUGAGCUUGACGGGCCAUUCAAGUCCGAUGUCUACACCGCAGCCAUCUAUCUAA